CACCGUGGUUCCUACUGUUCUUCCACGCAGCUGCGAGCAUGUUGGAAGGUCUAGCGGCGUGGGUACUCAACACCUAUGUUGGUGGUUAUGUCGAGAACCUCAACACGCACCAGUUGUCAAUUGGGUUGCUUCGAGGCCAAGUUGAAUUGGAAAACCUUCCACUCAAGAAAGAUGCGUUUCGACAUUUGCUGCUGCCGCUGGAAAUCAAAGCGGGUUUUAUCGGCAAGCUGAGUCUGAAAAUCCCAGUGACCAGGCUGCGCAGCGAACCCUGGCUAAUCACCAUUGAACAACUGUACAUAGUUAUCGGUCCAGUCUCUCUUGAUGAUUAUGACGAAGUGCGUGAAGAUCAAGUGUUACAGAAUACCAAAAUUUCCAAACUGGAUGCCAUGGAAGCCAAGUGGAAGGCCAGUUACGAAUCAAAGCAAGAACCUUCGUACUAUGCAUAUUCCUAUGCAGCGUGGUUGACUUGUGGCACAUCUGUUAUGAGCAAUAUAAUCAAAAACUUGCAGUUUAAAAUCAAAGACAUCCACAUCAGGUAUGAGGAUGAUUGUACGGAUCCUCAAAACCCAUUUGCCUGUGGUGUCACCAUCCAGACUCUCUCUUCGCAGGCAGCUGCAGCGGACGAGGCUCCUGCACAGGGGCCUGUAUCUGGGGCUGCAGACGACGUAGCCCACCAGUCAGUGCAGCUCAGUGGCUUUGCAGUCUACUGGGACAGUGAUGUGACCCUCCUGGGAGGCCUGGACAUCCUCGCAAUGGCGGAAGCCAUGAAGAAGCAGCAGACACAUGCCUUGAGCACUGCACGGACCGUGAGGCCCCACUCGUACCUGUUGGCCACCACGAGCUUCCAGGCACAGAUCUCACGGAACUGUUCACCGCAGCCGCUCAGGGUUCGGUCCAAGCCACGGCUUACCUGCAACUUGCAGCUGGACAAGUUCAGCAUCACACUCAACGAAGAACAGUACCGGCAGAUGGUGUUUUGCUUCAGGGAACUGGAGAGGAUCAACGUGUCCUGGAAGUACAGGCGGUGGCGACCGUCUGUCGGGAUCAAUGGAAAUGCAAGCCUGUGGUGGCAAUAUGCCUCACAAGCCCACAUUCAUCACCUGACCAAGAAGCGCAGCCAAGCCACUUGGGAGUUUGCUCUUCAGCGCGCCAAGGACGUGAAAAGAUACGUCGACGUCUACCACUGCCAUCUCGCAAAGCCAGAGUGCCUCACUACUGAAAUGCAGAAAGAGAAAAAUGCACUGGAACAACAGCUGGAGUUUGAAACGCUGCUGUCUCUACGGGAGCUAGUCAUACAGAAAGUACGCAGAGAGCAGUCAUCCUGGCCUUCUGAGCCCCGGGGUCAGGGCGUUCUGCAGUACUGGUUCCCCGGCUGGACUGGCUGGUACACGAAGCAGGACGAAGCGUCGCAGCCACCUUCAGCCGAAGUGACUGAGGACGAGGCAUCGGACAUCGACGAUGCUUCAUCCAUCAGCACAUCGCUGACAACCAGAUUGGAAGAGGAGAUCCUCGAUGCUUUGGACAGCGUCGACCGGGACACAUUCCUGAUGCGAGAUGCUGUGUUUGCUAGGGUCUGCUUCUCACUCAGUCAGUGUGGGCUUACACUGGUUGGGCGACAUCGGGUUGCACCAAACAUGGGAGCCGGGGACGAGGUCAUGCAGCCUUUGGUGGAGCUUCGCUUCGCUGAGGUCACCGUCGACGUGGAGAGCCGGCCGCGGCUGGGAUCAUUCCUCUUUGCAGCUCGGCUCGGCUCGUUGCAUCUGCAGGACCGCACUGCACCCAAUUCAGCCUACCCGUACAUGCUGUCUCCUCAUGCUGUUGAACAAGUGCACAUGUUCCCCAAGGCUCUGCCUCUUGAUGGGACCAAGACACAGCCUUCCAUUUUCAAGUUUCUGCCUUUCACGUCGCCGUCAGCUGCUCCCUUUGGAAUUUCAUUGAUGCACAGUCAGAAGACGGACUUCCCCAGUGUUCCACUCUUCGAGCUCACUUACGAGAAAAAGCCUCUGGGAUCCAACGCUGAUCACAGCCUAACAGUGAAUACCCAGUCCCUGGACGUGGUGUACAAUCCGUCCACAAUCCGGACGGUGAAGCAGUUCUUCACGCUGUUCAACUACGAAGGCUCCUCGUCAUCCGGUGGUCCCCUCAACCUGUCGGCGGCAGCUCGCACCCGCUACGAGAUGUUCAAGAAGCACACCAAGGAGGAGCUGCGCCACCACUGGGACCUCAUGCUCGAAGGGGAAGAGAGCACUUUGCAGAUUGCGAAAUGGGACAUCCACAUGGACAUCUGUGCACCGCAAAUCAUUGUUCCCGAGAGUUUCACAGAUCACACCUCUGCCACGGUGCUUAUCGACUUGGGACGUGUGCAAUUCUCAAAUUCAUCGGCACCACCGGAGGCGUCUUGUGCCAAUGUAGAAGACAUAUCAGAUGACGAGGCUGACUUCAAAACACCAUGCUCUUCACCACCUGGGCAAGAGGAGCUUGAAACUGUGGUCUCAAGUCCAGUGAAGGAGACUGCAAUGUCUGAUGCAGACAUAUACAGCCAUAUGUACAAAAAGUACACGUUGAACCUGCAAGACAUGCAGGUGCUCAUUGGCAGUGGCAAGGACAGCUGGAAGUUUGCACAGUCGAAGGGAACCAGCCGAAUGCACGUCCUGGACAGGUUCUCGAUAACCAUUCAAGUCGAACGGCGUCUUCUGGCGACCGACGACCCUCACUGGCCCAGUGUAAUUCUGAACAUGAAGCUCCCCAGGCUCACUGCCCAUGUAAAUGAGCAGAAGGUUCAUGCCAUGCAAAUGUGUUUGUCAAGGCUAAGAGAAAGCACUUCAACACGACCUGCUGGCUGGUCUUCUCAGGGCCCCUCUUCACCCUGUGCGUCGGCUAUAGAUCUCGACAAAGCAUUUCAGCAGGAAGGGAUGAGUGAAGGUUCUUUUGCAAACAGAUCCAAGGAGUCUCAUGAUACAUCGCUGCUGCUGGUAGCACAGUGUUCCAUCGAGCAAAUGUGUCUAGAAGUUCAGAGCCGAGGUAGAUGCAUUGCAGAGCUUCAGGUGUCAGGCAUCCAUGCAACGUUUUCCAAGACUCCCCACGAUCUGUCCGUCACCAUGUCUGUGCAUGGGCUUCUCCUGGUGGAUGCCUUGCAGACAUAUGGGCCUGACUUUGAGUUGCUUGUAGCUUCUCACAAGCAUGUCAGCAUGGACAGCCGGAGCGGCAGCAUCAGGGACAGUGAUCCCAACUCGCCAAUGUCUCCGUCAACUCCUCCUCUGCUAGCCAUGCACACAGCUGCGCCCCCUAUGCAGACCAUAGCAGUGCCAAAGGUCCUUUCGGCCAUCCUGUCCACCUUGCAGUCAUCACCACCGAAAGUGCUGAUGGACAGACAACGCAUCUCACCCAUUGGAAUGCUGGAUGCCCACGAGGCAGAUGCCCUGAUCAAUGUGGAAAUCUCCAUACUGAACGUUCCGAGUACCAGCACAAAUGAUGCAUCCGAGCAGCUGUUCAUUGCAGCUGUUCAGUUCAACAACCUGGAUGUGAUCGCAAACCAAGAGACUAUUGUCGAGCUGGUAAAUUUCGCUCGUUGUCUGAGCCCAUACGAAGCAGUGAAGGUGCCCUCCAAGACGAUCUCAACGGCGGGCAGAUUGAGCAUGUCAUCUCAAGUCGAUCUCAGCCCUUCAUUCCAGGCAACGCCAAACCACAUCAGCAGCUUGCAGCUGACGUUUGACUUUCAUCGCUUCAAUGUGCUGCUGUUGCGUGCUGUGAGUAAGAAGGGCAGUGUGUCGGGCCAGAAGGUGGCCACGGCGACUGUCAGCGGGGCGAGGAUACAAGCAUCUAUAGGAUCAUCGCUUGAGAUUCAGGGUACCUUGGGCGGCCUUCAGGUGUGUGACCUAAUUUCUGAGAAGACUCUGCACCGAAGAAUCGUUAGCAUGGGCAGUGACCCGCACCUCGGGCAUGGCUUACACUACCUGCUGGGAAAGCAUCACCAUGCGGAACUCUACGGUUCACUUCCACUGGCUGGCCAGGACUCCGCGAACACCGAGAAAGCGUUUGAGUUCACCAUCAAGCGCUACGGGGCUCAGAGCAAACAGACCGAGUCCGAGUGCCUCGAGGUCGUGGCGCGCAUGGCAUCCGUCUGCUACACGCACUCGCCGUUGCUGCUGCACGAGCUAGCGUCCUGUGCGGUGGAGUUCAAGCAUUGCAUCUCCAUGCUCGCCCAGUCUAUCAAGAAUGCUGCCACCGAGGUGGCGCUCGGCAUUGUGAACUUGCCGGCACAAAGCAUGGCAUUCUCGUUCCACGUUUGCCCACCGGACAGCGUAACGACUCCCACUCUGCAAAGGGAGAUUUCGUUGAACGAACCAUCUGAUGUGCAGGCUGCCCUGCCGCUGGAUGUGAAGCUUGACAUCCUCCUACAGACGCCAGUGAUCGUGCUUCCAUGUAGCCCCUCCAGCCGCGACGUGCUGGUCGCCCACCUGGGUCGCAUCUCACUGCAGAACACGAACUCGUCUGUGCUGCAGUCGGCACAGUUUGCAUUCAACUCGUGCGACCCGCACAAGGCGGGCCUGUUCUUCGUUCAGUUCAGGGACGUGAACCUGUACUCGCUGAACAUCGACGAGAACCUCGCGGCUGUGUCGGGAAAGACGGGCCCCGCCGUCGACUUGCCACCGGCCGAUUCACUGCCAGUCGUGGACCUGUACAGCUGCCAGUCUCAUGGCCGUCCCAUUCUGCACGACACGAUAAUCGAGUUCACUGUUCAGUACAAGCAGCCACUGGAGGAACUGGACAUUGGGUGGUUCAGCGAAGACCAGGGAAAUGUGGGUGACACCUCGGUACAACCAAAGACACAGCCCACCCUUGAGGUCUCUGGAACUGUUAUAAAUGUCCUCAAGUUUGCAGUGACGAAGUAUCAGUAUGAGCUACUGCUGCAGUCAACUAAGAACAUGACAUACUGCAAGGAUAUUGGCAGUGAAGAAGAUGACAUGGCGGAAUCUCUCCACAUCUCUUCAUCUUGGGAUGAAUUGGCGUCGAAGGACUUGCACUGUGAACGUGAAAGGCCACAGCAGAGCCUCGUCAACGUCGUUGAAGAUGGCUCAAGGCAGAUGGCAUUCAACUACCACGUCAACUUCGUGCUGCCAGAGCUCGUCAUCAACAUCUGCUCUGACCUGUGCAAUGACAAGCAAGACCUUGUUGCCUUGUCCUUCCAAGAAUUUGUUGUGAACUAUGAGCAAGACAGUCCAUAUGAGACUUUGGUUCAGCUGGCUCUAAAAGGCGUUAUCAUGGAAGACCUUGUCGAGAGCCCCGAAUCCAGCCAUCGCUACUUGAUUCGCUCGAGUAACCCUGAGGAAGAAGCUGGGGACUCCAAAGACGUUAGGCCGCCCAAGUCGGAUUUCAUCUCAUUUUCCUGCCCUGACAUGACGUACCACAUUCCGACUAUUCCAGCCCACCCAUCUCUUCCCGACAGGCUCUGCACUCAGAAUGUCUUCCAGGCACAUCUGAAGAAGAGCAAACCCUCAGAGCAUGCAAAGAAGAGGGGCCAGUGUAGCAGCGUGUGUGCGUCACCAUCCACUCCACCUCCGUCACCAUGUGGUUCUACCACCCCUUCGCUCCUGCUGGCACAAGCGGACACCCUCAUGCACAUCAACGUGCAUCUCAUCGACAGACACUGCCCAGAUUUCGCUUCGAAACACAACAGCGUGAGCAAGGCUGUGACUGUUGAUGUGAACAGCCUGGAGGUGGUGAUCAACUCCCAAACUUGGGUGAUGGUGCUUGACUUUCUUGGCUUGGCCGCCGAUCUUCCUGAAGAGACGAGGCCCAUUUCGAGGCAGGACUCUCUGCUCAGAGAAGAUUUGGAAGUAGAGCAAGAGCACCAGGCAGAUGUCGACAACACAGAACUGGAAGUGAACAUCCGCAACUUCAUUGUGACGCUGAACAAGCCGACGUACGAGCUGGCCAGAGCCACGGUGAGCAGCUUCUCGAGCCACCUGUCAUUGAGAGAUUCUAACAUCACGCUGCAAGCGAGUCUGGGCAAGAUAUGCGUCCUGGACCUUACGGAGCACGGUCAGCUGUACCGGGAGCGUUUCAUCACGGCUGGUUCAGAGGCGCUGCACUUUACCGUGUUCAAGUAUGGGACUCUAGACCCGAACCUUCAGAGAGACUGCGACAUCAAGGUCAAGUGCGAGAUGUCCUCAGUUCAUGUGGUCCACACACAGCGGUUCCUUACUGAGGUCACCGACUUCUUUGCUGACUUUAGUGACCUUCAGAUGCUCCUGAAAGCUGCGACAGCUGGCAAUAAGAUGAAUCUGGAGGCGUAUAGGGCACCCAGGGUUCAGCUGGAAGUGACAGCUGCCUCACCGGUGAUUGUAGUGCCCCAGUCGUACAGGAGCUUCGACGUACUUGUUGCCAACCUGGGGAACCUGAACAUCACCACGACGUUCCGCUUCACGGGAGAGGGGAAGAGCGCGGCUUCCUCGCGACGUGCUUCACUCGAGACUUCACAACUGGAACCGGUCAGGAAGGGCUGCACUGUGAUCAGUGCUGAAGAAGUUAUGAAAGUGCUGGAUGACCUGGAUGAUGAAAAGUGCCUUCUUCAAGUCAUGGAUGUGGAGCUGGUGGACAUGGACGUCUAUUCCGGUGUGUGUGUGCCCGCUUGCCAGGCUCUGCCCGUGAACCAUCCCGAGGGCUCAUACACCGUCCAGUUUCCGUCCAUCUUCAUCAAAAAGAAUGGUGGCCCUCUGCUGAAGCGCACGCUGAUGUUGCAUCUGCUGGUUGAGAAAAACCUCGACUCUGCUUUCAACCACACGGUGCCGGACUGGACAGUCGAAGGAAGCUUCUCUUCGGUGCACGUCACUCUCGACCGCAGCCAGUACGCCUUGGUCCACGGCAUCCUGAGUCGCAACCUCGGAGAGAAAGUGGAGCGUGCCUCCGCAUCCAACUUGACCCUCGUGGAACUGUUUCCAGAACAGGGAGGACAGAAUGGCAACAGCUGGACAUUUCUGGCCAUACGCAUGGCUCUGGUAAAUGUGACCUUGGAGCUGGUUCAUGCCCACGCCCGACCACAGUGUGCCAAUGCCGAGUCCACGCUGGCAAAGGUGGAGCUCAUUCGGUCGAAGCUCACACUGGAGCGGUUCUCCGACCAGUCGAACGACAUUGACCUGGUCUCUCACGAGAUACGCAUCCUGGACACACGCUUUAAAGAUGCACCGGUAAACAACCGACCCAAUGUUUUCACGAACAUCCUCUUUCCGACGAAGAAUGCCUCGAAGGAAAAAGUGUUGCAGGCUGAGAUCCACUACCGGGUCACACACAACACAGCACGCUUCACUGUCUUGCUGAACAACAUGCGCGUCAUGGCCAUCUUCAGCUGGAUCAGCGAACUUGCUGAGUUUCUUGCUCUGGGUGACGAGCACCAAGCCUUGCCCGGUGCUAAGCAACCCACGUCACUGGAUCAGCACAUCACACAGAACCUCUCGUCAGCACGACGCAUGACCAAGCAGUGGCAACAGCAGCAGCAGCAGCAGCCGCCCAUUCCAGAGGUUCCUCUGGAACUGAAAUUGAACAUGACCGACACCGAGAUUGUUGUCGUUGAAGAUUCUGCUGCGUGGGACACCAAUGCAGUUAUACUCAAGUCAACAGCGGUGCUGUCCUACCACAAGGCACUUCACGAGAGGCCCCUCUCCUGCAACCUUCAAAACUUGGAAGUGUUCUCAUGCAUUCUAGGCUUGGAGGAUGACACUGCGUUGUCUAUUAUUGACCCCAUCAGUGUUUACAUUGACCUCGUUGAGCGAGACUCCGCGGCACCCGGCGACAAGACUGGGCAUGUUUUGCAGGUGGGGACAAUGAACCUCAACCUGAGGCUUUCUUACAACGAUGUCAAGAUGUUCCUCAGGAUCCUGGAUUCAAUACCAAAGCAGUGGCUGCUUGGUGGCAGCAAAGCGGACUCUACAAACAUUGACAGUCUCCUGGAGAUGGGUUUCUCCAGGGAUGACUGCCUGCGCAGCCUGGAAGCCUGCAGGGGCAACAUCGACGAUGCCGCACUCUGGCUCACUCAGAAUGCCAUGGCUACAAGCUUUUGCUUGAACACUACGAUGAGCACGUCUCAGACGAGCGUUGCCAAGCAAGACAUAGUCGUGUCUGCCGUUGAACUCAAAGUCUCUUACUUCUGCCUCUGCAUCAUUGACGAUUGCAUGGACGCCGAUGUGCCACUGCUGGAAAUUGAUCUCAGGGAAACUUACAUCUCUCAGGAGCUCUCAAAAACGUUCAGUGGAGAGUCCAAGUUUUUCUUCAGCAUUGGCUACUACAACAGAGCACUCUCAGGAUGGGAGCCCAUCAUUGAACCAUGGAGGUGCAAUGGCCAAUGGGAAGCUGCUUUUGGAAAGACAGGCCUUGCAAAAUGUCACUUCAAGAUAAACGCUGAGGACGUCCUCAAAGUGAACAUCACCACUGCACUGCUGGACCUGUACCAGAAAGUGAAAGCAUCUUGGGCCACCGAUUUCUAUCAGCUUUUUUCAGCUGAAAAGAACUCUGAGAACAGUGAUGCUGUCGGCCAAGGGGAGACACCGGUCCGGCGCCGUUCUCCUUUCGUACCCUUUGCCAUCAAGAAUGACCUCGGCGUCGCCUUCCGCUUUACUGCUUUUGUCUCUGCUACAUUUAGUGGCAACAAGGACGAAGCCUCCACUUCCAGGUUUGACUGGAAGGACGUUGAACCUGGUCAGGUUGUGCCUUUCACAUUUGAAGGAAGAGGCAAGAUCAGACAUCAGGAUUCCCACGAGUUGAGGAUGCACCGGCUGGUUCUAAAGAUUCCAGGCUACACCCAACUUGAACCUGUGUCUGUAGAAAAAGUGGGGGUCUACUUCAAGUAUGCGAGGCCAGUUGAGCGUCAGCACCGUGCUUCCGGUACAACGCGCGUGCUGUUCAAUGUGAGCCUUGAUGGCAAUGCCCGGAAGCUGAUCACCGUGCAGUCGGCAUUGGUGAUCAAAAACAAGGUGGAGGUUGCAGUGGACCUGAAGCUAGAAACUGUUGGAGUGCGGCCAUACCAGAUCUGCCUGCAGCCCAAGUGCACCACUGCGGUGCCCCUGCCGUACGUGUUUGCCGACAUGUGGGUGCGGCCGACCAUCUCCCUGAUUGCCUACUCAGCCCUGGAGUGGCAACACGUCGCCACCAAGCAGCAGGGAGGCAGCUACUCCAUCACAUGCUGCCCGAUACGCAACGACGCUGCCGUCUUCAGGUUCUCAGUAGAUGUGAAGCGUGAAAAGUACCCCGACAGAGACACUGUGUCAAGCAGCGUGCCGGGGCACACUAUCAGCCUGCUUCCCCCCAUCAGAAUAUACAACCUGCUGCCCUGCGAGCUGGACUACGUGGUCAACGAGGGCCAGUGCAGGGGCAUCAUCUCUGCACAGAAAAACCGGGCUCUCCACGAGGUGAACACCGAGCAAUACGUGAUCGUUGGCUUCUCGCUGGAGAACUUCCGACAGUGCACCAGCCUGGUGAUUCCACCUGGCUCGAGCAGCUUCUCCACGAGGCUGGAGACUCACGACACCGAGGGACGGCUUCUCGUGCUGCAUGCCCGUGUCAGCGUCCUCCGUGCCAGGGCACUCAAGGUGUAUGUGUCAGUGCCUUACUGGAUCAUCAACCGCUCUGGCUUGCCGCUCAUCUUCAAGCAAGAAGGAACUAACUCGGAAUCUGCUGGCCAGUUUCCUGAGCACGAGCAGGCACGAAGCAUGGUUCCUCUGCUCUUUUCCUUCGCAGACACGGAGGCAUCCAUGAUGUGCAGCAUGAGGGUGGGAACAGAGCUUCACCCACGCAGCUUCCCCCAGUGGUGCACGUGUUUCUCCCUCGAAAAGGGCAUCAAGGUGCGACGUCUCAUGGUGUCUCCAAACGAUGCCCGGCCAGACUGGGUGUACACAAUAGGAGUGGAGAUUCGACAAGGGCGUGGCAACUACAUGUGCACCAACUACGUUGUGCUCUCGCCAAGAUUCCUGAUUGACAACCAGAGCAGCUCUGUCGUUCAGAUUGCCCAAAGGUUUGCCAUCAAGGAGCUGCAUCAGCACAGGCAUCACAUCUCUUUGGCAAAGCCAAAGUCCAGCCUUCCAUUCCACUGGCCUCGGGUGGACCUCGACAACCUACUGUGCGUGCGGCUUGUGGACAUGCCAGGCUGCCUCUGGUCUGGUGGCUUCAAGAUUGACGAGCUGAACUCCUUUCACAUUCACAUGAGGGAUGAUCUGGGCAGGUCCCACUUCCUUCGAGUGGAGGUGAUCCUGAAAGGUGCGACGUUCUUCAUCAUCUUCAUGGACUGUGCCAAGAUCCCACCACCACUGCGUGUUGACAAUCAGUCGGAAGUUCCUAUCACUUUCCAUCAGACGCACGUUGGCAACGAACUGCUCAGGGCCACUGUCAAGGCACACACCUCAGUUCCCUAUGCCUGGGACGAGCCCACACUGCCCCCGCACAUCACAGUCACAGCACCAGGAGGGAUGAGCGAGACGUACGACAUGACCAUUUUCAGAGCUGGCAAGAAGCUCUACUACGAGAACUUCUUCUACAUCGCUUUCUCGGGGACAUUCUUAGAACCGAGGGCCAUGGUGAAAGUUCAGCCGGGUUCAAAAGAUGUCAAGUGUCAGGAGCUGGUUCUUGACGUUCCUCAAGGGACCCGCGUUGUCAUUAACAAGAAGGAGCUAGGCAAGCGUUCACAGCUGUGGCGGAUGACCUCGACGGGGAUGCUGCAGCACGAGGGCUCGAGCACUCCGCGCGAACCGCGGCCCAGUGCCGAACCCGGCCGCAUGCUGGUCCUCGACAUUGCCGGCCUGGGUCCCGAACCCAAGAAGUACACCGAGCUGAUGCUGCGCAAGCCCGACGGCCGGCGCCGCCUGACCCAGACGUGGCAGUUCAGCAGCGACGGCCGCCUUUGCUGUCAGCUGCCUGGAAUGUUUGUGCAGCCACGUGACGGAUUUCAUGGCAUGAGAAGAGGAAACGAUGUGGUGCUGGGCCCUCCACAGCCAGUCAGCUUCGAAUGCAUGCCCAAUGGCGUGCCGUUGGAACAGGCUGUCACCAACCAGAAGAUGCGUGGUGGCUCCGGUGUCCUUCUGGUGCGAGUCAUUCCGAAGGGACCCACAAUUGUGCUGUGCAUCUCUGACUUCAUGCAGAAGCAAAAGGUUUCUGUAAGCACUUCGAGCCCGGACGUCAGCCUUCUUGCACAAAAAGCAACCGGUUCGGAGGAUCAGCAGGCGCCGCAACUGGACGGGAGGUUUGGCUUAGACCUUGAGCUCAACCUGCACCUGUCGGGAGGCCUUGGUGUCUCGGUCAUCAACCACCUGAGUGAGGAACUCGUCUAUGCGGUGCUUCAGAACAUACGCGUCAACUUUAUUCAGAGCCCAUCAUCGCAGCUCCUUGACGCCAGCGUUGAGAACGUUCAAGUUGACAAUCAGCUGCAUGGGGCCGAACGCCCUGUGGCGCUCUACGUGACACCCCUGCACGAGCGUGACAGGCAGCGCCAUCUGCCAGCUAUUGUCAUCACUGCUGAGCGCUUGCCCCAGAAGGACACGGAUGUAGUCAUUUUCCAGCAUUUCAUAAUGCACAUGAAGAACAUUACGUUGGCCCUGGAGGAAUUGCUGAUGCUGAAGGCUGUGCAGUUCUUGCACCACCUGGUGGACGAUUUCGGGGACGACAUUUUCACUGACAACCAACUGCAGAGAGCGCACGCAGCAGCGUCAGCCAAUGCUAGGCGCUUCUACUUCAACACCCUGAAACUGAGGCUGGACCAAGUCAAACUCAGCGUGCUCACCUUGAGCCACCGUCCACCUGAGCUCGACGCCAUCAAGAAGAAAGUCGGAUGGAGUCUCAUGCGUUUCGAGGACGUCGUCGUCGAACUGGAUUCCUUUGUGAAGUCACACCCAUUCGAAUCUCUCGAAUUUCUAGUCAACAACGUGGCUGAGCAUUACAAAGGGGAGUUCCAGGGCCACGCGGCAAAGAUUCUGGGCGCUGUGGACUUCCUGGGUGACCCUGUGGGACUCAUCAAUGAUGUCUGCACUGGUUGGUCCGAUUUCAUGAAGGACGGCAAUGCCGCUUGCCUUAUCAAGGGAGUCACCCACGGCCUGUCCAACUCCACUGCCAAGAUGGCCGGUUCGCUGUCUGAGAGUCUGACCACGGUCGCCAACCCUGGGCGACAGCUGGAGCAGCGUAGCCGUAGCACUGCAGCCCCCGAAAACUCCAGCGAAGGGCACCUGGUGACGGGGCUGCGUCGGCUGGGCAGCGGAGUGGUCGGGGGCUUCACCAGCAUCGCCAAGCAUUCGUACCAGGGAGCCGUCAACGAGGGUGUCCAGGGCCUGCUGACGGGCCUGGGCAAGGGCCUCAUCGGGACGGUGGCCAUGCCGGCCGCUGGUUUCCUAGACCUGGUGACCGAGGCCGCCAGCAUCGUGCGCGACACCAGCAAACCCCCAUCCCACGUGCACCCGCGGCGUUGCCGGGCACCCCGUCUCUGCUCGGGUCCGGGUGGCCUGCUUCCCUGCUACUCGACCACGCAGGCGCUCGGGCAGCAGUUUCUAUGCAACCUGACCGAUGCCAGUGGAGAUCUAUUUGUAGCCAUGGAGCAGCUGGAGAGCCGUCCGGACGGCCUGCGAGUGCUAAUAUCGACCGAGCGUGCCUUCAUCAUCAAGCGUGAGGGUGCUCAUGCCGAGAGCAUUGUGCACGUAGUGCUCUACAGCAGCCUCAGCUAUUGCCGCUGGUUCCCUUCCAACCUGGGGCCCCAGCCGCAGCCACCCUUCUACGUGGAGUUCCUGCUGAGGCCCGAGAACCAGCGGCUCUCGGCCAGCUUGGACCUGAACCAUAGAUCUCUUCGUGUCGGCUGUGAAAGUGAGACCACAGCACUAAAGGUUGUGCAGCUAAUAAAUUAUGCAAGAGACACCUAUGAGGAAAGGAAGUACACAGCUCACUUCAGUGAUGACGACGAAGACGACGACUGAAACACUUGGAAGAAAAGAGAGCGACGGGACAUCCUUUUCAACGAGAGCUGUUAGCUGUGAUCGUAGUGUAUUUAAAGACUAUUUUUGCGUGGGCACAACUAACUUACCUCCCUAAUUACGCGCACAUGUGUAAUAAAAAGCAUAGCAUCUUGUCUUGCCCAUACGGUGAAAACUUUGUCGACCACCAUCAUUCGUUGUAUCAUAGUAAUAAGAGUGUCAACAUUUAUGAUUGUUGCAUAGAAGGAAGAUGUUAAACGUGUUGAUAGUCCUUGAACAAAGGUAUUUUCCUUCUGCUGAGAUAAAGCUACAUAGGUUACAGCCAAAAUAAGUUAUUGUUGUAGAGAGCCAGAUGCACAAGAUUUAUUUUAAUAUAUUUUACGUGUGAAGGUGCUGCAGAAUAAAAUAAAGUUGCUGCGACAUUCGUCUUUUAGAGCUUCCUUGGUGCUGCCAUUGUUGUGACUCCCAAGCCCGACGAUUGUAAAUAAACGCUUUCUUUUUAUACA